AUGUCGAACGCGAUAGAGGAUCCCCGGGUCAGGGCGGCCAUUGAGCACUACCUGUUAGAUCUGGAGAACACCCAGCCGAAGAAUACGAAGCGAAAUUAUCGUCCCAAGCAGGAAGAAUGGAAGGAGUGGUGUCAAGCCAACUGGCCUGCGAUCCCGGACGUUUGGCCGGCCUCGGUACCACAGGGCCAACAGCUACCGGGAGACCUGGUCGAUGAAGGAAAGCUCUUGCUCUUCAUGAAGGAGAAAACGACACCUCGAGGCUCAGGAAGCCAAGAGGGCCGUGAAAGACGCAGAGCACCAUCAGAUACCAUCGUUGUAGGCGGCGGAGGUAGCGAAUACGAGUCAGACUCCGACUUGGAGUUGUAUGAGUCCACGCUCAAACUACAGUAUAAUACUGUACGGGGCUACGUCUCGGCCAUACAGAAGCUUUACGACGAGCAGAAGAGCCGGGAGUCAAUCCUGCGGCCCGGCCACAGGAGUGGCACUGAAGGCGCUCAAACGCAGCAUUCUUGCAACGACUUGGAGCCGGAAGAGGAAGGAAUACAUGGACAGGGAGUUGGAACUCUGAGAGAUGUGUAUGCGCCGGCGCAGAUACCCGACCACACCAACGUGGCAUGGUCCGAGAGAGAGAUCGCCUGCGCCCUGAGGACGCAGGUGGACUUUCUGCUCGGGAACCACAUGCUGCUGCGGUCCGGCAACCGCCUGCCGAUGGAAAAAGGCGGAAAGGUUUCCGUCUUCCAAAGAAGCGAAGACUGGUAUGAAACGAAGGUGCUCCGCCGAUCGGCGAAGGAGCCUCAAGCUCCGUUGUCGGGCCAGACUGCCCGAGAAUGGACGUCCAGGUUCUACAAGAAGGCCGGCAUCAAGGUCUCCAAGGUCAGCCACGCGCCUAGAGUGGCCGCGACGCAAAACGCCGACAUGGCCGGAGUGGAUGAAGGCCAGAUCCGCCGAGCCGGUCGUUGGAAUAACGGAGACCAAAUGACCGGCUGCUAUCUGACUUCCUGCCUUUCGAAUUCAUGA